AAAAUAAGCAGGAAUGGGCAGUGGCUAUGCACAGUCUCUACACACCUUUUUCCAUGGAGUAAUUAAGGCCUGCCUCGAAGUGAGAGAGCACUCCCUGCCCAGCUGUGCAAGGGAGAGCUGACAGCACCACCACCAAACAUGAAGCUCCUGGGGAUUGCCUUCUUUUUCCUAGCUGUACUCUGUGUUUGCACUGUGGGAGAAGGCAAUACUCCAGGUACUGUCAGGACAUCUGCUUCUGCAUCAACAUUAAAAUCUGUAACAGAAGCUGUGAAGGCAUCAAUUUCACAAGCAACAACCUUGCAAACUUCAGUGCUGACAACUGCGGUGAGCAGUACAAAUGAAUCCAUCCCAAGCAACUCCACGCCUUCUUCACCUAAUACUACACAACAAAUAACACAAGGUGCAGCAACACAACCACCAGUAAAAGUGACCACUACAGCAGCAGAUAAAAGUGGCAGCACAACAAACACUACACAAGAAAGUGGAACACAGUUGGCACAAAAUGGGAGUUCAGGUGCUCCAUCUACUGAGGGAUGUUUUUUUUCUUCUACGACCUCUCUUCACAAUACCACUUCUGCUCCUGGAACCUCAAGCUUUCACGUGAGCUCCCUGACAAAAUCAACAAAUCUAGCUUCUGAUGGUCCUAGAAGCAGUCCUGGAAACAAGAAUGCAUCAGAGAGCACUAUCCACUAUUCCAGCGUUAUCUUGCCAAUUGUCAUCACCUUGAUAGUCAUUACCCUUUCUGUCUUCUCACUGGUGGCUUUGUACAGAAUGUGCCAGAAGAAAACUCCAGAGGGACAAGAGAACGGCACUGAACAGGCCCAAUCAGAUAAAGAAGGAGUCAAACUUCUUUCUGUGAAGACAACUUCUCCUGAGACUGAUGGAGUUGCUGAUGGCUAUGGCUAUGCUAAGGCACUACUGGUUGAGAACUGAUGUAAAGUAAAACAGACAAAACUGAACACCGUGAUUUUUUUCAUGCACAUUUGCCAGUGAACUGGAACACCUAAUGCAAGAUAAGUGGUUGUACAUGCUUCUUAUGUAAAAACUCAACUUGGAUAAAAAUGCUGACGAUACUGAAUAGUCUCAAAGUUUUACACUAAUGUGCAAAUACAGGACUGUACUGGAAAAUUUAGGGUGGCUCUUCCUAGGGAUAAUAAAUGGUCUUCUACCUGCAAAAAAUAUUUCUCAUUUUGGAUUCAAUACAGCCACAGAACUGCAUGUUUGGCUUGUCAGUGGUAGAUACAUUUCCUGAGAAUAUAAGAUGGAGGGUUUUACUUGAUGACUGAGAGAUCAAUACCAUCAUCCAUGAUGUUAAUGAUUAAGUAUUGCCUAUCUUGAAAACAUACCUAACUUUUGUUAUGAGGGUUCUUGCAAUUUCACUGAAAACCAACAAAGGUAUUGAUCACCUUUUAGGACUCAUGAAAAACGUUGAUCGAUGCAAAUUUCUCCAUAAAGGAAAGGUUGAAGAGUAGAAAUUGGGGUAAGGCUACUCCAUACAGAUGAAUGAUGUGUGAUAGAAAUAUUAAUACCUGAGUAAUGGCGUGACAAUUUUGCUUUAUGGCCUUUACCUGGAGUACUCAUUCUAGAGCAGGUAAAAUAUAUGAAGGGCCUUUGUAGUAGCAGCAGCACAUCAGUUCGAUAUUCAAUAUAAAGUCUCAUAGGAAUGUGGCAGGUGACAUAAUAUUUCAGAGUUGUUAGGUAUAAUCCUGGCACCUAAGCAUGAGCUGAUUCAUUAGGGCAUGUUUUCUAACGAGUGUGUGCUUUUUUGAGAUGGUAGGGUAGGAUAUGACUUACUCAGCUUAUAGGGGUAUUGUCUGUUCUGCAUUGAAUUUGCUGGAAGGAUGUGGCUCAGAUUUUGGCGAGGCACCUGGAAUGGAAAGUAGCAGGAGAAAGGUCCAUGGUACAUGUCUGCAUUAGGGUUUCCCAAGACAGCCACCGUGGACACAAAUAAAAAUUCAAGUGUUGCUACUAAAAAAAGCUGGGAAGAUGUCACCAGGCAAACACGGAUAUUUGAGGAGAGUCAUGACCUGUCACAUGUGAAACACCCUUAACUACUAUAAUCACAUUGGAGAAAGGGAUCAGUUAAUACCUAGAGGUGCUCUCAGAUGGCAGUGCAGUACAAAAUAGUACGAACCAAGGAUGUAGAACAACCAGCAUUCCCCAUAUGCUCCGCAUCUCUUCCAAAAGCUGCUGUUGAUUAACAGUAAUAAUAACCUUAGAGUUGUUACCUGCUGCUUCCACUGGAUGUACCUCCUGCCUGUAGAUUUUCAUAACGUUUCUUGGGUGUGUCCCUUGCACAAGAUGAGCUACCUAUCUUGAAGAUAUGUGGGAUUUCAUGGCAUAGAUUAAUUGGACCCCAUAACUUCAGCCACUUUUGAGAUAACCCUAGUUCAUGUCUGCAGCAUUCCUCUGGACUUUCUGAAUUUCCAAAACCUUCUCUGUAAAGGCUUUGAGGAUUCCUAACCUUUGACAUUAGAGGUCACUGAGCAGCAAAAUCAUCACAGAACAAACAAAAAACCCUUGUUCCUGUUCAGCACAAAAAUUUGCCUCGGUCAUUGGAAUACACAUGAAGUACAGCACCUGACAAGACAGUCCACCAUGGUGCUACGGUUUGGACCUGGAAAAUCCUGUGGUCUUCUGAAAUGAUGUGGUUGAAUGACAGUAUCUUCAUCACUGCUUUCGACAAAUCUCCAAAUGCUGAGACUAUUUAAUUGCUCUGCCUCACUCAUCAAACCAUAGAUGUGGCUGUGGUAGAAUGGGACAAAUACAGAGCUGGGGCAGAGGAUUAUUCCUCCUUGGUUUCUGUUAUGCUGACCACAUCUGAGCAUGGACCGUGGCAUUUAAGGAGGAUCCAGGUGGAUGCCUCCAGGAGCAGGUGAAGAAGCCAGGUCUCUAAAUGAGGCACUCUCUCACUGAAAAUUCCAUUCCCUCCUCCUCUUACUUGCGAAAUAAGCAAUGCAGGUCAGCAGAGAGCACUCUGUUGGCAUGCUGUGCGCUUAGAAGCGGUAGAAAACCUAAAAACUGCUUCAUAGGAAAAGAUCCCCUCACAACAAAGGGAGAGAUCAAGUCCAAGUACCUGCUUACCUUUCCUUCUCUUUCUCAUUUUCUGAUACUCUUUUUUUUUUUUUUUUUGUGUAACCUUGUAUUGUAUAAUGGCCUGAAGUUGUGUUUUCUUUCUUCAUAGAAACUGAAGAAUAAACUUUCUCAGCUUUUUGCAACUCAUGGUGGAUUUUGUUCGUGAUUACUCACACCACAAAGAUCUGACUGCACACACUUCCAGCUGAGACUUUUGGGCAAAACUGUGGUCAAAAACAUUAAAUAGUGAGAGCACUCAUCUCAGGGGAAGAAUAAAACUCGGCAACUCUUCACACCUCAGCAAUAAAUGUAUGCAAAGCAGCCUGCUUUAUCACAAUAUGCAGGAACAUCUCACCAAAGUUGCAGUUCUACAGGAAAUGUGGAACAGCUGAAGCUUUUUACCAGGCAGGACACUUGCGUUAAUGACCAGCUCUUGACUUCUAAAUCUCAAGUGUCUCCUGUCCCUUCUGGAAUGACACAUAAUUUUUUGAUGGCUUAAUAACUGGUAUAUCAUAUGUAUUUAUUAUUUUCACAUAUAGUAAAAGCAGGAAAACUUUGAAGAAGCUUGAAGAGAAUGUAAAAAUCAGGUGAAGUUUGCAUAGUAGUUACUAAAAGCGUUUUCUGCACAUUUGGGAAGGAAUAUGUCGGCAUACUUUGUUGAACUUAUGGUAAAUAGGGUUCUUUUAAUGGUAUGUAGCAAAAUACAAACAGGGCCUGACCCUUGAAACAGUACUGGGCAAAUUGCCACUAUGAAAAUUAAUUCAGUGAUUUCCAUGAGACUCCUCACUAUAGCACACACUUUGCUUGUCAUAAAUGUUUACAGGAUGGGAUGCCUGGGUGAAAUGCUGAAGUGUGUGCUUUUUUUCUGUGAAGGGGGGAAUAUACCUUGCACUGAGGCUCUUUGAAGUUCUGUAAAUUACUGACUAUGACCCUUGUAAUGUAGCAGGCAGCAUGGUUUAUUUUCACCUGUUCCUUGGCUAAUUGCAUUACGUGUGCUAUAAAUAUGUCUCCUAUAUAGCCUGGGGUGCACGGUAGGGAUCAGCAAGAUAAGCAGUUUUACAGAUGAACCUUCUUCCCUCUGUUCUGAGUGAUGCAUGGGAUUCCUGUGGGUUAUUGAAUAACUCUGGAAGUUUAAAGAGUGUUUCAAGUGCUAAUUACAGACUCUCUUAAUUUGUACAGAGCUGGCAAUUCAAAAAUAUCAAGUAGUGCUUCUACCUGCAUGUAUCCUACUUUUCUAGAACUAUAAAUGUUUGAAAAUUAUAUUACUGUGAGCAUCUGCUCAGACUCAAUCCACUGACUCUGGUAGCGUGCCAAGAACCUCCAUGGUUUUAUUGGUGAAUGGAAAGAAGACAACUGGUGGUGUAAGUGCAGGACCAGGAGCCAGGACGAUGAUCUAAGUGUUGAUAGCUAUUGAUACAAUGCUUUUGAGGAACUUCUCUCUCCAAUUUCCCUCUCUGAAAUAAUAAAACUUACCUUGCAGUAUGGUAAGAGAUUGAGCAGAUUUGUUAGUUCACGUUUAUACAUGAAGCUGAAAAGCAUUCAUUUCCCUGGGCUUGACCGUUGCUCUUGUUUCCACUUUUUGAUGGGUCUAAUAAUCCUCUGUCUUAGCAGCACCAAGAGAAACUUUUGAUGAAGCUCUAUAAAAGAUGGGGAACCAACAAGUGUCCUCCAUGCUAGCACCGAACUUGUGUGGUUCAUUCAGGUAUUCCUCGAUCACUUGGGUUGCUCAGGAGCAGACGAGUCUUGGAUGCCUACUUUGGAAAGGUCAGGCCAUCUAAAAUACGCUAGUUGGCAUCUGCAACUAUUCAGAUUCCUGACAGCUGAAGUUUCCUAUGAAAAAAGCAAUCAUUGUGCAUUUUCAUGUUGGUUAAAAAAAAUUAUUUUGUAGCAUGUUGCAUCAUAUUGAAAGGACAGUAGAAAAAAGCAGAGAAAGAUUGUGAAAUAUGUUUGUGCAAAAUUUGUUCAGAAACUACCAUGGUGUGUCAAGAAAAAAAAAAAUUAACUGCCUAUUAAAAGUUACUCUCUUUAU